AUGGAUGGAUAUGAUAGCACCCAGGACGGUUCUGUGCGGACAUCCACUAUAGUCUCUUCUUUCGAGGUCGGUGACUUACCUCAUGGCUACACAUACGAAGAACGCAGUCCCGCUCUUGAAAAGCCGGAGCUUGUCGAUAACAUAGACGCACUUAUUGAAGAGCUCGAAUCGCACAAUGGUCAAAUAGAGGAGGAGCAAGACACAGAUGACGAGUCAAGCAGCUGUCAUCAUGUUCCAAUCGAGGACUUACGAACAAACACACGUACAGGUCUGACAGACACAGAGGUGGCUAUUCGGAGGAAAAAGUACGGACUGAACCAAAUGAGGAAGGAGGAAAAGCAACACCCAAUAGUGAAGUUUCUGAUGUUCUUCGUCGGCCCUAUCCAAUUCGUGAUGGAGGCUGCUGCAGUUCUGGCGGCUGGUCUUCAGGACUGGGUCGACCUUGGUGUUAUCUGCGGGUUACUUCUUCUAAAUGCUCUUGUCGGAUUUGUACAGGAGUACCAAGCUGGCUCAAUUGUCGACGAACUGAAGAAAACCCUGGCUUCGAAGGCAACAGUAUUCAGAAACGGUCAAUUGUUGGAGGUCUCAGCUUCGGAGGUUGUUCCUGGUGAUAUUUUACAUAUAGAAGAGGGUACAAUCAUCCCAGCCGAUGGCAAGAUCGUGACCGAAGGCGCAUUCGUACAAAUCGAUCAAUCUUCAAUCACCGGUGAAUCUUUUGCGGUUGACAAACAUACUGGAGAUACAUGUUAUGCUUCUUCUGCCGUCAAACGUGGUGAAACAUUCUUGUUGAUCACGGCGACUGGUGAUAGUACUUUUGUAGGUCGUGCAGCUGCACUGGUCAACUUUGCUUCUGCCGGCAGUGGUCACUUUACGGAAGUACUCAAUGGGAUUGGAGCGGCCUUGCUUGCAUCUGUCAUUUGGACCAUUAUGUCCGUUUGGGUUGCUUCAUUCUUCAGAUCAGUCGAAAUCAUUAGAAUCCUCGAGUUUACACUUAGUAUCACAAUUAUCGGUGUUCCGGUCGGUCUUCCUGCCGUUGUUACUACCACAAUGGCAGUUGGAGCUGCAUACUUGGCAAAGAGAAAGGCCAUCGUACAGAAGCUAUCGGCUAUCGAAUCACUCGCAGGGGUCGAAAUCCUCUGCUCGGACAAGACUGGUACUCUGACGAAGAAUAAACUAUCCUUGGAAGAACCAUAUACUGUCCCUGGUGUUGAUCGAGAGGAACUCAUGCUCACCGCGUGUUUGGCAGCUGGACGGAAAAAGAAAGGAAUUGAUGCUAUUGACAAGGCGUUCCUGAAAAGCCUCCACAAUUAUCCUCUUGCGAAAAAGGCUUUGUCCGAUUACCAUAUUCUCGAGUUCCAUCCUUUUGAUUCCGUAUCCAAAAAGGUCACCGCAGUUGUCGAGUCACGGAUGAAUGGAUACAAAAUGACCUGCGUCAAAGGCGCACCUCUUUUUGUUUUGAAGACAGUCGAGGAAGACCAUCCCGUUCCGGAAGCCGUAGAUGCUGCAUAUAAGGGCAAGGUCGCUGAAUUUGCUGCACGCGGCUUUCGUUCUUUGGGGAUUGCUAGAAAGUUUGAAGAUCAUCCCUGGGAAAUCAUGGGCAUCAUGCCUUGCUCGGACCCUCCUCGUCAUGAUACAUUCAAGACAAUCAGCGAAGCCAAAACUCUUGGCCUCUCAGUCAAGAUGUUAACCGGCGACGCAGUAGGUAUUGCUCGCGAAACCUCACGGCAGCUUGGCCUAGGCACGAAUGUCUACAAUGCAGAGAGAUUAGGUCUCGGCGGUGGUGGAGAUAUGCCUGGCUCUGAAGUCUAUGAUUUUGUCGAAGCGGCGGAUGGCUUUGCCGAAGUGUUUCCUGAACAUAAGUAUGCGGUUGUCGACAUUUUGCAAAAGCGAGGGUAUCUUGUUGCCAUGACCGGUGACGGUGUGAACGAUGCGCCAUCUUUGAAAAAAGCAGACACCGGUAUUGCCGUGGAAGGGUCGUCGGAUGCUGCUCGCUCAGCUGCAGACAUUGUAUUUCUCGCUCCUGGCCUCUCAGCCAUCAUUGAUGCACUGAAGAUUUCACGUCAGAUAUUCCAUCGUAUGUACGCGUAUGUGGUUUAUAGGAUCGCUCUGUCACUUCAUCUUGAGUUCUUCCUUGGUGCAUGGAUUGCCUUUUACAACGACAGCCUCAAUCUCUCAUUGAUCGUCUUCAUUGCCAUUUUUGCAGAUAUUGCAACAUUAGCAAUCGCAUAUGAUAAUGCGCCUUAUUCAAGAACUCCAGUGAAAUGGAACCUUCCAAGACUCUGGGGCAUGUCGAUCAUUCUUGGACUGGUGUUGUUCGCUGGGUCAUGGAUUACAUUGAGCACCAUGCUGGUUGGGGGAAAUAACGGGGGCAUUAUCCAGGGUUAUGGUGAUCGCGAUUCUGUCUUGUUUCUAGAAAUUGCUUUGACCGAAAAUUGGUUGAUCUUCAUCACAAGAGCAAAUGGUACUUUCUGGUCGUCAUUACCAUCGUGGCAACUUAUUUUGGCAGUACUAUUCGUCGACGUCAUCGCGACUCUCUUCUGUGUAUUUGGUUGGUUUGUCGCUGGGCCUACAUCAAUUCUUGCGGUGGUCCGCGUCUGGAUCUUUUCAUUCGGGGUGUUUUGCGUGAUGGGUGGCAUUUUCUAUCUUCUCCAGGGUUCUUCUGGCUUUGACAAUUUGAUGCAUGGCAGAAGCCCGCGAACGAGUCCAAGGCAACGAUCACUGGAAGAUUUUGUCGUUUCGUUGCAACGGGUUUCAACCAUCCAUGAGAAGAAUUCAGGAUAA